AAAGUAGUGGAACAUUCCGGUGGGAGGCAGGAGGUUUCUUUCUGCUAAGUGUUGUGGGAUUUGCUCGUUAUCCGAUGUUUGGGUUCCUUCCCGAGCGAAAGGCAACCGUCGUGUGGCCCGACCGAAGCGACAACAAGUCCGAGGACAGUUCCUUGAAGAUAAGGGGGAGUUGGCGACACUUGCUGGCUGUGUCGCCGGAAGCGCCAUGGAUGAGGAGGAGCAGUUUGUGAACAUUGAUCUGAAUGACGACAAUAUCUGCAGUGUCUGCAAGAUGGAGACAGAUACAGGGACCUUAUCUUUCUGCCAUGUGUGCUUUGAACUCAGCAUUGAAGGUGUUCCUGCUGCCACCCUUUUGCAUUCAAAGUCUCUACGAGGCCACAGAGACUGCUUUGAGAAAUGUCACCUGAUCGCCAACCAGAAGCUGUCACACUCAAAGGUCUCCCGAAGUGCCUACGAGGGAAUGAAACUGGCCCUCAGCCAAAAACUGAAUCGUAUCAUCCAGUAUGCCCAAAACAAAGACAAUGUCCCUUCCAACGGCCUCACCAGAUGCGGGUCCAGACUUCUCUGUUACAGCCAACAAAGUGACCGCAAGCUGCUGCCUCAGUCGGAAGCCCAGGUGCCCCGCUACGCUCCCUGCUGGGAACCGGGGGGUGCCACGCGGCUACCCGACUACACCGUGGGGAUGCUGAAGUGCCACGCAGCCCAGGAAUUGAGGAUGCUCCAGAACUCUCAUGGGGACGUAUGGUCCAGUGGCGGCAGGAAAGCUCUGCACAUCCGGAAUCCACAAUCAGUGGGAGUGCAGACUGAGCGCAAACAUCAGGGCCACAGCAGAGAUGAAUUGACUAAAAUGUGUGUGGAUGAACUCCAUCACUUGAACAACCAGCUUCUCAUGAAGAUUCAAAAGGUCUUCGAGGAGCUAACUGCGGCCGUGCAGGAGAAAGACUCGCUGGCGUCCGAGCUGCACGUGCGUCAUGUAGCCAUCGAGCAGCUCUUCAAGAACUGUGCCAAGCUGCCCUGGCUGCACAUUAGCAGGGCUGGGGUCAAGACCAGCACCAGCACCACCACCAGCAGCAGCAGCAGCAGCGUCAGAGUCAGUGGACCCGUAGAGUGACAGUGCGUGUGCGACGUGCAUGUUUUUGGAAUACUUUUAUACAUGUUUCCUGCAAUAAGACUGAGAAAGGAAUGCCCUCAUUUGCGAGAUGCUGAGGGAACUGCACUGUGCUCAGCAUUAAGGGCUUGCUUGGUCCUCCUCACAGUUGUCGUGAGAAUACAAGGAUUCAUGUUGGUUUAGAAACAAACUAGUCAAAGUCCAAACUUCUCUGAAUGCACUUGGUUCCUCCUGUAUUUCAUUUUAUUUAGUAUUAUUUUAUGUAGAUAUAUAUAUGUAUAUAAUAUAUAUUUUUUUUUUUUACUGUUUCAUAUCUUCACACUCGGCAUUUUAAAACAUGCCUUGCUUGAAUUUAUGUUCUCUGUUGUUAUUGCACUUCUGCAACUUUAACAUCCAUUUUUGUUGCACACAGGCAUUUCAACUGCUUAUUUUUUAUUUUGUUUGCUCUCUGAUAUAUAACUUUUACAUAGACGCACACAAAAAAAAACUGUGUGUGUGAAGAUUAGACUAUAUAUGGUAUCAUAAAGAACCUUACAUUAUGCAAUAAGAUGAUUUAAGUAUAGUCCUCAAAAAAACACAGGUAGAUGUGUCCAAAACACAGCCAAAGGCUUUAUAAAAGGAUAGCUUCUGACCUGUUGGGGUAUCCCUUCCAAAUAAUAAUGGGUCUUCAUUAGUUCAUUCAAGCUCACUCUGAAAACAAGUAUUGCUUUAAUAUGGAGAUGCAUGAGGAAAUGUCAAUGAUGUCUAAUUGUCAAACCAAAGUCUGUCCAAAUUAUGUGCUUCACGUAUGAACUGCAAACACCGUGAACAGAUGUUGCAACACUGAACUGUUUCACUUGUGCUUUGGUUAAAAAUCAAUUCCACAUAGUAUUAUUUUUUAUCCUAUUAAGAGUUUGUCCAGGCGACACGGUGGUUGACUGGUAAGCAUAUCUGCCUCACAGUUCUGAGGACGCCGGUUCAAAUCCAGCCUCGCCUGUGUGGAGUUUGCAUGUUCUCCCCAGCUACUCUGGUUUCCUCCCACAUCCCAAAAGCAUGUAUGGUAGGUUAACCGAAGACUCUGAAUUUCCCGUAGGUGUGAACGUGAGUGUCAAUGGUUGGUUGUUUAUAUGUGCCCUGCGAUUGGCUGGCGACCAGUCCAGGGUGUACCCUGCCUCUCGCCCAGAGUCAGCUGGAAUAGGCUCCAGCACGCUGCCGACCCUAGUGAGGAUAAGUGGUAUGGAAAAUGGAUGGCUGGAUGGGAGAGUUUGUCCAUAAGGAUGAUUAAUUCUUUUCAUUUGUGUCCAGGUGAAGUGUUACAAAUGUGAGAGAGUUUUAUAUUCAUGCAAUACAUGAUACAAUGUUUUGGUUAGUUUGUGAAAUAAGAACGCUACGCAAGAGAUGUA